GAGUUAUGGCUGCAGGAACUGCACGUCUGAUUAAUUCCAUCAUAAGAAAAAUAAUAUACGCUGGCUUAAAUCUUUAAGAAACCUUUUAACAAUUAAAACCAUUUAAAAAUAAAACUUAAGGCUUUAUUUGGAGGUAUAACUAAGGGCAACUACAAUGAAAAUGCGGCUUAGUUAUAAUUAAAGUUGCGCGAAUUUCGCUUCUUUCCGGCGUCCCGGCGUCCUUAGUGACCAAAUGUAAACAGAAGUAUAGAGGCCCUACUAGAGUUGCUGAAGUAUUUAUAAAAUUUUGUGUUAUAUCAUAAAGUGUGUAACAGUGAUGGCGUAUCAGAUGACUCCUGAUUACAGCAAUUCCAACUUUUCUGACAGGCUUCAAGACAAUUAAUAAGAAUGGUACCUUAUGCAUAACAGUCAAUACUUUAAUUUGUGUCACAUGGAAAUCGUUAAUGGAAAAUACACGAGUGAACCAGGCGUUCAGGCUGUGAUCUCAAGUAAAAAAUACCUUGUCAACAUCUUGCUCACCUGAAAAAACAGAUAAUGGGGUCCGGCUCCUCUAAGGAAACCAGAAAAGAAAAGAAAUCAGGUCGGCAAGAGAAACCCUCAACUGUCUCUGUUAUCAUGGCAGCAAACAUGCUUCGAGACUCAGGAAAUAAUAUGUUUAGAGAGGAAGGUGCACAAUACAGGAAGUGGGAAAGCACCAACAUUGAAACUUUCAUGCAAAAGAUGUCUUUGUCUCAACAUUGGUAUGACUGCAUUGAUUAUCUAUGUGCUGAUAAAGUUCCUGUGGUCAAACCCAGGACAAAGCAGAAGGGAUGGCGCAUAGUUCGACUAUUUAUCAGCAGCACAUUUAAAGACAUGAACAGUGAGAGAGAGCACCUUGUAAAGGUUGUCAUCCCACAACUGCAGCAGUGGUGUCAGGACCGUAAAAUCCGACUGAUAGAAUGUGACCUCCGGUGGGGCAUACCCGAGGGUGCUGACACACGAGACACUUUGCUUACAUGUUUGUCAGAAAUAGACAGAGGGCGACAGGAAAAUGAGUAUGUCUAUUUCCUUAACAUGCUGUCUGAGCGCUAUGGAUUUGUGCUGAAUGUAGAAGAAGUUCCGGAUGAUAUUAAAACAAAGUACAAGUGGCUUCCUGGCAUGUCAAUCACAGCCCUUGAGAUAAUGACAGGGGCAUACUGGGACAACAAUCCUCAUGCAUUGUUCAUGAUACGCAAGCCAGACUUUCUACAGGAUGUAGAUGAGGACAUGAAGCCAGUAUACAUUGAGACAGAGUCUUCAGCUAUUGAAAGCCUAAAAAUUCUCAAAGAAAAAAUAAAGCACCGCUUUCCAGGUCAAGUGUCAGAAUAUGAUUGUAAAGUGAUUAGCCAUGCAGAUAAACAGAUAAUACUUGGCAGUCUAGAUCAGUUUGGUGAGGUUGUUAUUAAUCACUUCAGAAAACAAAUAUCUGAGCAAUAUCCUGACUUGUCACUUGAGAAGGAGGCCUCAGACACAGAGAUACGGAAAGCUCAGCAGGAAGAUUUCAUGCUUCAAAGAUCACAAAUCCUGCUUGGACGAGAGAAUGAAAUAGAACAGGUUGAGAGUUACAUAAUGUCUGUUACUGCAUCAGCUAAUGUUCUGGCAAUGGUUGGCUUCCCUGGAGCAGGAAAAAGUGCUCUGAUGGCCUACUGUGUUAAAAAGUGGUUGGAAUAUCCAAAUCUCAAGAUUGUGUACCACUUUGUGGGAGCAACACCAGACUCAACAUCACUGUACAGCAUCUUGUCGCGCAUUUAUAAGGAAUGCCUUCCUCAAGAUCAGCAGGAAAGUAUCCCACUGGAUGUAGACGAACUGAUUCGUUUUGUGCCCACUAUGUUGCAACAGGCUGUCAAACAGGCUAGAACUCAGGGAUGCGAGCUUCUGGUUUUGUUUAUUGAUGCUUUGAAUCAGAUAGAUGACGAUGGCAGUAGUCAUAAACUGAACUGGUUGCCAAGGGAACUUCCAGAGGGAAUGCGCGUGAUUGUGAGCACUCUGGAAGGGGAAUGUCUUAAAGCUCUGCGGGAUCAUGCAGUCAAAGCAAAAGAAAUUUAUGUUAAUCCUUUGAAUGAAAAGAUAAGAGAGAGCAUUGCACAACAAAUAUUCCUACCUUACAACAAGCGACUGGAUGAUAAACAGAUGGGACUGCUUAUUGGGAAAGGAGAUUCAGGGAAUCCCCUCUAUUUGAGUAUUGCGUGUGAAGAGUUGAGGGUCUUUGGAGAGUUCAGGAAUUUAACCAAGAAAAUAACAUCCCUCCCAGAUGAUCUUCUGGGGCUUUUGAAGCUGGUGAUAGAACGAACAACUAAAGAGUAUGGAGGCGACUUGAUGAAAACCUCUCUUUGUCUGAUAGAGACUUCUCGUUUUGGCCUUGAUGAAGAAGAGCUGCUCCAUCUUUUGCCCUCAAAGUCAGUCUCCUGUGAUCAAUCUGGAGAGGAUUUAACAGAAGACUUCAAAGAGAGGCUCCCCAUGGCUGUGUGGGGUUUUCUUUAUGUUGGAUUGCGACCAUUCCUGCGGCCAAGUGGCUCUUCUGGAGAAGGAAGACUAGAUUUUUACCAUCGAUCUAUCAGCAAGGUUAUACGCCAGCUUUACCUGAGUGAUGAGAAAGUUCGAGCUGCUUAUCAUCUACACCUCAUAAAAUUCUUUUCUACUUGCUCAGACAUCCGACGAAAGGCAGAAGAGCUUCCUUACCAUUACCUGCAGAUUGGGGACCAGGAGGGGCUGCAGAAGUGCUUGUUGACCAGAGAGAUGUUCGAGUUUCUGUACACGGAGAAAAACAAGCAAAUCCUCAUGAGAUACUGGCAGGCGGCUGGCGGUUACCAAGUCGCUGCUUCCAAAUACCAGGCUUUCCUACAGGACCAUCUGAGCGGCAAGCUACAAGAUGAUAAAGAAGGAGAACUCCUGGAGACAAAGGUGGGUUGGUUCCUUGUGGACAUCGGCGAGUACGACACAGCCGAUGAGGUGCUAGGCAGUGUCAUCAAGAAGCUGAAGACUAAAUAUGGCAAAGAGGCAGUGGAGCUAGCGGACCCACUACACGCCAUGAUGACUUUGAUCUUCCGGAAAGCCCUAAAAUUUUCGUACGGAACCGAUCCUGGUUACGGAGAAUGCCGCAAUAGAGCCUCUGAUUUGGUGGAUAUUACCGUCAAGAUUAACAGGAAGCUGCUGGCACCCAAGAGUAACCGCCUGGGCGAGGUGCUGUGCUUGUGUGGCUACUUUAAGUCGUCUUUUCUGAACGAGGCACAGGACAUCUUCACAAGCAACAACAACAAAGUUGGUCUUGCGGUGGUGCUGUACCAUCUAGGCGAAAGGAAUCAGUACAACGAAGAUAUAAAUGUACCCAUCAAGCUGUUCCAAGAGUCCCUGUCGCUGUGUCGCCUGUACUUUGGCACCUACCAUCUGAAUACAGGCCGCUGUGUGCAACUGUUCGGGCAACUGUACUGGAAUAGGAGGAAUAGCGAUAAAAACACAGUGCUGAUUACCGAGUGCUUAAAAUACUACAUGCUGGAGUUGGACAUCCUACAGGAAGUGCUGGGCCACGCUCACCCAAACACUGUUCGCUCUCGAAACGAUGUCAUCAUCAUCCUGCAGAACCUCGGUCGAGAUGACGAAGCUCAGGUCUACUUAGCCCAGCAGCCACAAAAUUAGGGUCAAAAUGAUGACUUAAUUAGCAUAGCCUAUACACAUGCUUCCACAUUUGUAUGUAGUUACUCAAGUUAGAGACACAUACCUUUCUUGUUUUAUGGUAAUACGGUUCUUUCCUUCUAGUCUGGUCUUCCUUCGCCCACGGUCGCAAAUCGGCUUAGAAACCUCUGUAGAGGCAAAGAAAACAUAAGCCAUUUUCAACUGAGGACUUGCUAGAAACCUUUCAAAUUAAGAACGAGAAAUGAUUUUUGAAUAAACAUAUAGUCAAGUGCAAUAGCUAGAUUACUGUCCGUUUCUAUGACAUUCCUUACGAGCACUACGACAGGUAGGUGACGGUAAAUACCGCUGAUCACCAUACCUUAGCUUGUUGUAAACAGUGGAUAUCUUAAGUCUGUGAUAUUUUCUGUAGUAGUGUUUUUGACCACUUUUAAAGUAUGAUCAUGUGUGUUAUUAGCAUUUCAUUUGUCCAAAUUAAUAUGUACAGAAAUAAUGUGACAGAUGAAUACCUUAAGGUGUAAAGAUUUAAGCUCAGGAUUAUAUUUAUAAGACGUUAUUUCGUUUGAUAAACACAGUUUAUUUGAUAUUUCAGAAAUUGAAAAAUAGUAGCAGGUGCAAUAUUUUUGUUAACUGCACACAGGGUAUUUUAUGUCUGACUUUAUGUCGUUUUAAAAGAGUGAUUCGUCUAGGCCGCUUCAUUCAGUUAAGAGAGUUUCUUUACAGCAUCUACUUUUUUUACAAUGGAUUUGAUAUACCUCCAGUCAUUUUUCUCUAUGUUCACUUUCUAUAAAAGUGUACAUAAUGCUCAAUUGAAAAAUAUAAUAUUCAGUUACAAACUUUUUAUUUACUUUUAUGAUUUGUUUAGAUUUCCAGUUGUUGCACUGUUGUUGGUUUUACAACUGUUUACAAGCAAUUAGAAGAUUAUUACUAGAUUACAUCCCUAAUGAUGAGCUGUAUUUGUCGGUAUUAGAAAAGCCGUUACAAAAUACAAAAAUUCAUGUGUUAAUGUAGAAAGAUUCAGAAAACUUGCAUGCAAUUAUUUUUAUAUUCUCACAAAGCUCACUUUGUAAAGAAGUUUAUUUGCUUAUUACAAAACUUACAAACAGUAUUUAACGCAUGUCUGCUGUUACAAUCUUUCAAAUAGUUUAAAUAAAA